UGCCCAACAGUUCAUUCAUUGCAGCGGACGCGAAAUCAGAAACGCGCCAAAACCAAUCAUCGGUGGGCUCAUAUCGGUAGUGCGGCCGUCGAUCCAAUCUGCGUCCCAACCCGGCUAGUGCGCGUGUGUGGUCGCGCCUGCCCAAGCUCGCCGUCUCCUUUUCUUGAAUGUGCUUCUCUCGACCUGCUCCUCUCUUUCGUUCCUUCCGCCACUCACUUCUGUCCAACUACGGCUUCCCCGGCACACCCUGUGUCACUACUUACUUUUAAUACUUUCGUUUGAUAAUUCUGUCCCUCUCUCCAGACAUCUAUCACCCCGUUCCCACAGUACUUAGCCCGCCCACGGAGCGCGCAGUCUUAAUCCGCCAGUCCCCUACACAGUUUGUAGAUCCAUUGCCAUGCCUUCCUUCAUGAAGACCGUCCUGCCAGUUCUGGCCGCCGCCAGCACCGCCUAUGGCGCCUGCUCUGUUUCCGGCACCACCACCAUCCAGAAUGCUGGUGACGCGACUGCUAUGGCGUCGUGCUCGACCUUCUCUGGCAGCAUCGCCAUUGCGACCGGCACCACAGACGACCUUGCCUUCGAUGGCAUCGAGAAGCUGAGCGGCGACCUCAUCGGCAAGAACGCCCAGAUGGUCAAGCGAAUCAGCGCCAACAAGCUCAAGGAGAUUGAUGGUGACAUGAACUUCGACGGACUGCAGCGUCUGUACAACAUCGACUUCCCUGUCCUGAAGACAGUCAACUCUAUCGUGUGGAACGCCCUGCCCGUUCUUAACACUAUCGGGUUCACUUCUGUCCUCACCAAGGCCGACAAGAUCGACAUCCAGAACACUGGACUUCGAUCGCUCAACAACAUCGAUGUCUCCGAGGCCAAGACCAUCUUCGUCGCGAACAACGGUUACAUCACGAGCGUCAACCUGCAGUUGGGCAACAUCUCCGACGCAAUGACCUUUGCGGACAACAAUGAGGCGCUCGCAAUCAGCCUGCCCAACCUUACCUGGGCCACCAACCUGACUUUCCGAUUCGUCGGUUCCCUCGAGGUGCCCAAGCUCGAGACCCUGAACGGCUCCCUCGGUCUGUACAACAACGGAUUUUCCAACUUCUCUGCCCCUAGCUUGACCAAGAUCGGCGAGGCUCUUGCCAUCGUUGCCAACGACGAGCUGGCCAACCUUACCCUCAGCUCCUUGACCUCCAUCAACGACAACAUCCAAAUUGCCAACAACACCAAGCUUGAUGCAAUUGACGGUCUCCCAGUGCUCGAGAGCAUUGGUGGUGCCUUCGACUUCAGCGGUAACUUCACCGAUGUUUCCACUCCCAAGCUUGACGAUGUGAAGGGUGCCUUCAACCUCCAGUCUUCCGAGAACAUCACCGAGGCCUGCGCAUUCUACAAGAAGCUCCAGUCGCAGAAGCUGAUCCGCGGAAAGUACUACUGCCAGGGCGCUCUCGUCGACCCCGGAACGGCUGGCAGCACCUCCUCCAGCAAGAACAACGGCAAGACCGGCGCUGCCUCUACCCUGAGCGCGGUUAACGGUGCCCUUGGCCUCGCUGCCAUGGCUGCUGUUAUCCUUUUCUAAACGGUUCAUGACUCUGGCGUUUCCAUCAUAAUUGCAUAGACUAUUCCCGCAAUUUGGUUUCCUGUGAUAGCAUAUAGCGUUCGUCAUGCGAGCGUUUAGGCUUGAGUUGAGCAUUCGAAGACUGGGGUGGCUUUGGAGAUAGGUUAAUGGAUCAGUAUGCAUCACUUGCGUGUGUUUUGACUACGAUGGUCGAAUUGCAGCAGAGUCUUAAUCAGUACAAUACGGGCUGCUCUUCUCCGACACGGCCGUGCGGAAUGGCACGACGUGGUAGGGGAAAAGUCUGUGCCCUCGCUCCUCUUGCUUUGGGUGGAUAGGUGAGAUUUCUGUUAGUUAUCUGUCAUACAUGGGAUAAAUCAAAAUGCAUUGCUUGCUCCUCUUCUACUUCUGUCUCGUUGGCCAUCAGUUGCGUGAUGCUUGGAUGUUCACAUGUUUUGUCAGUGAUCUGAAGAUUCUUAAUCAUUGCUU